AUGAGUGAUGUGAUAGGGCCUCAUUUAACUAAUUUUGUACCUCUAUCUCUUUUGAAUAGACCUUUAGUCGAAGAUGAAAUGGAAUAAUCUUAAAAUUAUACCACAAAAUAUCAAUCAUAAUAAAUUAUCAAUCGCAUAAAAAAAACUAUUAGAUUUAAUGAAGAUAUUGCAGUGCUGUAUUUUUCUUAAUCAGAUCCUGUUAAAUCAAUCUCAAAGUCUUUGAAACAGCUGAAAAUUAAUUCUUCUAUGAAAUGGGUUAACCCUUCAAUUAUUGAAUGUUGA